CGGCCACAGACGCGUGGCGCGAAAACUUUUCUUUUUUAAAAACAAAAAAUGUAUAAAAAGUUGCCAGUGCGUGGUCAAGGCGCAGUUGGCGCGAAAGGGUGCGAGUGUGCAAGUCGACUUUAAAAAGUUUUCAAUAAAAAGUUUAAUUCAAAAUAAAUAAAAAUAAAAAAUGGUUUCGACUGUGAUUGUUUUGUUAAGUUUGACAGGUUUAUCCGUCGCCAGAGAUUGGUCUCAUCAUGACGAAGACGCUUGGCCGGGUCAGUGCGGAGUGGGUAAGGAACAGUCCCCCAUCAACAUCGUACCCCAUGAGAGCCUGCCAGACCCCCACGAAGCACACAUCAGGGGCCCGCUGGUCUACCGGGGCUACGGCGAUGUUGAAGUGAGAGCGAGGAACACUGGGUACAAAGUUCGCUGGGCUGUGGAACCGGGCACUCCCGCGCCGGUGCUGUCGGGCGGCCCGCUGCGCGACAACUACACCUUCGCCGAGGUGCACUUCCACUGGCUCUCGGAGCACGCAAUCAACGGACUCAAGUACCCCAUGGAGAUCCACUUUGUGCACCUGAAGACUGGACUCAACUUCGACCAGGCGCUGCAGCAGCGGGAUGGAGUCGCCGUCGUCGGAGUACUGGUCCAGGUGGGUCCCAUAGGAGAAACCAGUGUGCUGGAAGAACUGCUACCAGCAAUGGAUUACAUAGUUAAUCCAUCCAACGAAGACUCGCCCACUUUCAACGUAGACCUCACGAAGCUCUUCAGCCCCAACCCUCAAGCGUUCUACACCUACCACGGCUCGUUGACCACACCCCUAUGCCCUGAGGUGGUCACCUGGAUGGUCAUGGACCAGCCCACCACCGUCACCCACGACCACUACAAAAACCUGACCCGAGCUGACUUGGAAGGCAUCAACAACGACCGGCGAGUGCAGCCAUUGGGCACUCGCAUGGUCUACCGCUCCAAAGAAGUGGCCUCUUGCUCACACAUGGCCUCACCGUCUCUGCUGGGACUGGCCGCUGCCAUCAUAGCCUGCUUCAGGUCUAAGAUGUCGACUACCCUUCUAGGAGCUAUGUGCAGCAUCGUCAAAACCAAAAGGAGGCUCUUGGGCAAUGUUGUUAAUAAAGUAACCUGCCACUAAAAUGGUUAUAGCAUAUCAAAGUAGGUAUAGUGUAUGAUAAAGCCUGGUCCGUGAGCACGUAGAAUCCCGUCCAAUGACCCCAAGCUACCCAUCCUUAUCGCUCGCGCGUAAUUAUAUUGCUGUCG